UUUUUUGGAGGAACCGUGACCUAAAUGCGAAACUCAAUUUAAUGAAUGUCAAUAUAAAAUUUUGAUCAGAGGGUUUUUGCGCUGAUGGAACGAAUCGCGGAAAAAUGGUCCUCUCUUGUCAAUCAACAGUCAUUGACUGAAUGGCGGACAUGUAAGAUCUAUGUCACUGCCCGAGGCGACUCUUUUAUAAAAUCAGACUAAAAAGCUUAUUUCUUUUUUCCCCUCUCUCACCUCGUCGAACCAACUCUUCUUCCUCAAAAAACGUCAACAGUCAAACGAUUUAAAUCCCGCCAGUCCACGUGACAGUCCGUCGCCGAAAGUCAAAACUGGGGAGAUAUAAGUCGAAACUCAACCAUAACUUGAGUUUCCAAUCCUAUCAACUCGCGAUUUUUCGAAUUUUGGUAAAUUUCAAGUCUGAAACCGACCAACUUGUCGGGAUUUUCUCGAAUUUUAAUAUCAACCUUCAACCUUCAACCUAUGAAGAUUCUUAACCUUCAAGAUAUACAAAACCUGGAAAAUUUUCAUGAAGUUGUAUCAAGAAUAAUUUGAAGAAGCUGGGGUCGAUCGCUGGUGGUUGUACGGCCCCCAUCGCUCGAGAUCCCGAGGAUUCGUCAUUGAGGAAUACCUGAUAUGGAUGUGGACCCGACCGAUAGCAACAACGAAGACAACUGCACCACUAACACGCAGCGACUUAUCGCCGAAAAUGGCGGCCGAUGCAUGAGCACCCAGGCGAUGCAAUCACUCUAUGAUUUGCGACAAAAUAAUCUUCUUUGUGACGCCAUAAUCAGGCUCCACGAUGGCGGAGUUUUUCACAUUCACAGGGCUAUUUUGUCUGCCUGCAGUACCUAUUUCAGAGCCCUAUUUACCACUACUCUCCACUCCCGAGAGAAGACAGACGUCCUCCUUCCAGGAGUCAGUAGCAGGACGAUGAAUUUAUUACUUGAAUAUGCAUAUUUGCGAUCCCUGGAAGUCACCCGAGAAAAUGUCUGUCAGCUUUUAAUUACUGCGGACUAUCUCAGCAUCCUUGGUGUCCUGGAACUUUGUUGUGAUUAUUUAAGGGAAAAUUUAGCAGCCGAAAAUUGCAUUGGGGUGAUGAAAUUUGCAAGGGAACACUUUUGCAGGGGAUUAGAAGCAGACGCUCAUCGAUUUGUUAUGAGGCACUUUGUGCAGGUGGCUCAAAGAAGUGACGAGGUACUAAAUUUACCAAUUGAAGAAUUGAGAACUUUAGUAGGUGCUGACGAACUAAACGUGAAGAGUGAGGAAGUAGUUUGGGAGUUGGUCUUAAGAUGGAUAAAUCAUAAACCUGAUGCAAGAAAAGCUCAUAUUGUGGAACUAAUGAAGAAUAUCCGACUCGGUCUUCUCGACACUCAAUUCUUCCUUGAGAAUGUGAAGGACCAUCCUUACGUUACAGGAAAUGAAGCUUGUCGUCCAAUUAUUAUUGAGACUCUCAAAUUCCUCUACGAUUUGGAAAUGAUAACCCAAAAGGAUGGGGAAAUUCCUACUCCGGAGAUUGCGAGACCUCGGGUGCCUCAUGAAAUUCUAUUCGCGAUUGGUGGAUGGAGUGGAGGAAGUCCAACAAAUUAUAUGGAGACUUACGACACGAGAGCGGAUCGCUGGGUUAAGGUUGAGGAAGUUGAUCAAACUGGGCCAAGAGCAUACCAUGGCACAGCAGUUGUAGGAUUCAAUAUCUACGUGAUUGGAGGUUUUGAUGGUGUUGAUUAUUUUAAUAGCUGUCGAUGUUUCAAUGCUGUUACAAAAGUGUGGAGAGAGGUUGCUCCCAUGAAUGCAAGGAGAUGUUAUGUAAGUGUUGCUGUACUAAAUGAUAUGGUAUAUGCAAUGGGAGGUUACGAUGGAUAUCAUCGACAAAAUACAGCAGAACGUUAUAAUUAUAAAAGGAAUCAGUGGUCCUAUAUAGCACCCAUGUUUUUUCAAAGAUCAGACGCCAGUGCAACUACCCUGAAUGACAAAAUUUAUAUCACGGGUGGUUUCAACGGACAGGAGUGCAUGAGUUCUGCUGAAGUCUAUGAUCCGGAAACCAAUCAAUGGACGAUUAUUACUCCCAUGAGGUCGCGCAGAAGUGGUGUUUCUUGCAUUUCGUAUCACAAUUGCGUCUAUGUGAUUGGUGGAUUCAAUGGAAUAUCGAGAAUGUGUAGUGGAGAAAAAUACAAUCCAGAAACCGAUACUUGGUCCCCGAUACCGGAUAUGUAUAAUCCUCGUAGUAAUUUUGCUAUUGAAGUCAUUGACGAUAUGAUUUUUGCUAUUGGUGGAUUUAAUGGAGUUACUACUAUAUACCGUGUCGAGUGCUAUGAUGAAAGGACCAAUGAAUGGUAUGAAGCUACAGACAUGAAUAUUUUCCGAUCAGCAUUAUCAGCAUGUGUAAUAAUGGGACUUCCCAAUGUUUAUGAUUACAUUCACAAACAUCGAGAAAGACUGAUGGAAGAAAAAAGACAAAAAUUACUUGCCCUUGAAGUUCAACGAACUCAACAACAACUAAUGCAAAGACAACAAACAAAUAUCAACAACAGCGUUAUGCUACCAGCUUUGAUAAAUCAAAACCAUCAAAAUUCUCAACAUCAAUGAAUUUUUUAUUUCCCCCCAAUACAAAGAUUUUAAAUCUCGACCGAGUUUUACAAAAAAUGUCGACUUUUCAAAGUCGAAGAAAAAAAUCGAAAGUUUAUUUAUAUACAUUAUCAAAACAUAUUUUUUAUAGAAAUAUUGCACGACGAUUUUUGAGAAGACUUUUCAGAAAAGAAUUGGAGAAUUUUAUAACAUAUGUUUUUACUAAAAGCAAAUUUAAGUUAUUUCGGAUUAACCAAAAAAAUCGAGAAAAAAAGUGAUAAGGAAGGAGAGAUGUAAAGAAUUCCUAGAAUUUUUUGAAGGUAAACUGAUGUACGAUUUAAAUUUUGUAUUAGAUUGGGUCUCGAUAUUGACAAUAAAAUUG